AUGCUCGCCCAAGCAGAUCACUGUGGCGUGGUGGCUCUCGGCCUGCUCACCAACCUAGCCAAGCUCAAAACUCGCACUCGCCUUGGCCACGUUAAGUCCCUCAAAAGUCGCCUCGCCUGGUUCCCAUGCUUGCUUGGCCCCCCCACCCCUUUCCCUCCUCCCCACCCUCCAUGCCCUGCAGGCCCUGCAGCUGGAUCCCUCCUUCCCCCAGCAUGCGGUGGAGAUCAUAAUUCUGGGCGGGGAAUUCAGCUCAGCCCCCACCGUCUCCUGCGCCCGCCUGCCCCCCACCCCAUUCCAGCCCUGCAGCUGGAUCCCUCCUCCCCCCAGCACGUGGCGCAGAUCAUCAUUCGGUGCUGUGCACUCAGCCCAGCCCCCCUACCACUCCCCUCUCCACCCCCCCCCCCUCCCCCCUCCUCCUCCCAACCCCCCCUUUCUCGCCCCUUCCCCUCCCCCCAGGCGCUGCAGCUGGACCCGUCCUCCCCCCAACACGUGGCGGAGAUCAUCAUUCUGGGCGGCUCUUUCUUCACCAACGGCAACGUCAACCCCGCGGCCGAGGCUAAUGUGAGUGGCAAGGCCAAUGUGAGAGGCGAGGCCAAUGUGAGAGGCGAGGCGAAUGUGAGAGGCGAGGCGAAUAUGAGUGGUGGGGCAAAUAUGAGUGGUGGGGCGAAUGUGAGUGGUGGGGCGAAUGUGAGUGGUGGGGCGAAUGUGAGUGGUGGGGCAAAUGUGAGUGGUGGGGCGAAUGUGAGCUUCGUUGAACACUCUUCCACUCUGCCGCUACUGCUCUCUUCCACUCUGCCGUUGCUGCUCUCUUCCACUCUGCCGUUGCUGCUCUCUUCCACUCUGCUAUUGCUGCUCUCUUCCACUCUGCCGUUGCUGCUCUCUUCCACUCACGUCAUGCGGCAGAUAUUCCCCGAUGCAGCAGAUGCGGUGUUCACGUGUGGCGCCAAGUGCACAGUCAUAGGCACCAACAUCACGCACCAAGUCACCCUCUCAGUGAGGGAUAUGGAGGACAUAAGAGACAGCAAGGGCCCGUUCGACCGGUUCCUGUACGACACGUCGCAGUUCUACUACCGCUACCACAAGGAGUCAUGUGGCAUGAAUGGUGCGUGGUGGGAUGGUGCGUGGUGGGAUGGUGCGUGGUGGGAUGGUGUGUGGGGGGAUGGUGCGUGGGGGGAUGGUGCGUCAGGGGAUGAUACGUCGGGGGAUGGUGCGUGGGGGGAUGGUGCGUGGUGGGAUGGUGCGUCGGGGGAUGGUGCGUGGUGGGAUGGUGCGUGGUGGGAUGGUGCGUGGUGGGAUGCGGUAUACCUGCACGACCCCACCACCAUGGUGGUAGCCAUGGACGAUUCUCUCUUCACCUUCCACGAGGGCGUGGUGCGCGUGCAGCUUGACCGCAUCGCCAGGGGACUUACUUUGCUAAACAACACCAACAAAGUGUGA